GAGGGGUACUGAGCAUUCCCUCUGCUACUGUUGGCAGAUGUGAACAGCAAGAUGAUGCCCAGCGGAAACCAGACCUGGGUGUCCCACUUCAUCCUGGUGGGCCUGCACUACCCUUCACCACUAGGGGCGCUGCUCUUCCUGCUCUUCCUGGUCAUCUUCCUCCUCACUGUGUCCGGCAAUGGGCUCAUCAUCCUCACCGUCCUAGCAGACACCCGGCUCCACCGCCCCAUGUACUGGUUUCUAUGUCACCUCUCCUUCUUGGACAUGACCAUUUCUUGUGCAAUCGUCCCCAAGAUGCUUGCUGGCUUUCUUUUGGAUAGUAGGGUCAUCUCCUUUGGGGGCUGUGCAGUCCAACUUUUUUCUUUCCAUUUCUUGGGCUGCACAGAAUGCUUCCUUUACACACUGAUGGCUUACGACCGUUUCCUGGCCAUUUGUAAGCCUUUACACUACGCUACCAUCAUGACUCGCAGAGUUUGCAACUCCCUGGCUUUAGGCACCUGGCUGGGAGGGACCAUCCACUCCAUUUUCCAAACCAGUUUCAUAUUCCGGCUGCCCUUCUGUGGCCCCAAUAGGGUGGACUACUUCUUCUGUGACAUUCCUGCCAUGUUGCGUCUCGCCUGUGCUGACACUGCCCUCAAUGAGCUGGUCACUUUUGUGGACAUUGGCUUCCUGGCCCUCACCUGCUUCGUGCUCAUCCUCACUUCGUAUGGUUACAUUGUGGCAGCCAUACUUCGAAUCCAGUCGGCGGAUGGGCGCCACAACGCCUUUUCCACCUGUGCCGCCCACCUCACCGUGGUCAUCGUGUACUACGUGCCCUGCACCUUCAUUUACCUGCGUCCUGGCUCACAGGAGCCCCUGGAUGGGGUGGUGGCUGUCUUCUACACGGUCAUCACUCCCUUGCUGAACCCCAUCAUCUACACGCUGCGUAACAAAGAGAUGAAGGCCGCACUGCGGAGGCUGGGAGGCCGCGGGGAAGUGCAGCCUCCCUGA